CCUCUUUCAUUUUCACCACCCGAACAUCUUUCUCCAACACAAGUCUUGUUUUUUUCUUUUCAUUUCUCUCUCCUUUCUUUCUCUUCAAAAAUUAAUAGAGAGAGUGAAGGAGAGAGAGAAAAACAAAACAUAGAUCAUGGCUUCAUUUAGGGUGGUUGUCUUCCUUUGCAUCAUUUAUGCAACUCUUAUGUCUGUCGUUUCUUCGCAAUCUAUUGCACCUGCUCCAGCUCCUACAAGCGAUGGAACUACCAUUGAUCAAGCGGUUGCAUGUUUACUAAUGCUUUUCGCUUUGGUGCUCACCUAUAUCAUUCAUUAAUUUAUUCAUCACAGAUUUCUCAUUUGCUUCUAAUUCUUAGUACAUGGAUGGCAACAGAGCUUAAUUUUUUAGGCAAAGAUGCAUUUAUUCAUGUCAUAAUUAGAGAGGAGGGUGAGAUUUUAAUUGGGGAAAUGCGUUGUGUAUAAUUCUCUUGUGCUUCCAAUAAAAAUCUCAUUUUAACUUUCCAGUUUCUCUA